CGGACCUUCCGCGGGACCUGGAUCAUGGCGGCCUUAAUCAAGAUCAAGGAGAUCGUAAGCAGAAAUAAAAGGCGUUUCCAGGAGGACGGCUUCGACCUGGACCUUACCUAUAUCUAUCCUAACAUCAUAGCGAUGGGGUUCCCCGCGGAGCGUCUGGAGGGCGUCUACAGGAACAACAUCGACGACGUGGUUCGGUUUCUUGACUCAAAGCACAAGAAUCACUACAAGAUCUAUAAUCUAUGUGCAGAGCGACAUUACGACACGUCAAAGUUCAGCUGUCGAGUGGCCCAGUACCCGUUUGAGGACCACAACCCCCCCCAGCUGGAGCUGAUCAAGCCGUUCUGUGAGGACCUGGAUCAGUGGCUGAGUGAGGACGAGCACCACGUGGCCGCCAUCCACUGCAAGGCAGGAAAGGGCCGCACCGGCGUGAUGAUCUGCGCCUACCUGCUGCACCGGGGCAAGUUCCAGGAGGCCCAGGAGGCGCUGGACUUCUACGGGGAGGUCCGCACCCGGGACAAGAAGGGCGUGACCAUCCCCAGUCAGCGGCGCUACGUCAUCUACUACAGCUUCCUGCUGAGGAACCAGCUGCUCUACAAACCAGUCGCUCUGCUCUUCCACAAGAUGCUGUUUGAGACCAUCCCCAUGUUCACAGGAGGCACCUGCAACCCUCAGUUCGUGGUCUACCAGCUGAAGGUGAAGAUCCACACCUCUAGCUCCGCCCACACCCGGCGGGAGGACAAGCUGGUGCUGUUUGAGUUCCCUCAGCCACUUCCUGUCUGCGGGGACAUCAAGGUGGAGUUCUUCCAUAAGCAGAACAAGAUGAUGAAGAAGGAAAAGAUGUUCCACUUCUGGGUCAACACCUUCUUCAUCCCGGGGCCGGAGGAGGACCUGGACCACCUGGAGAACGGCAGCGCUGGGACGCCUCGGGACCAGAACCCGGGUGUGGUGAUGAUGAUGAUGACGGGGGGCGAGACCACCGACAGAGACUUCCUGGUUCUCACGCUGACCAAGACCGACCUGGACAAGGCCAACAAAGACAAGGCCAACAGGAACUUCUCCCCCAACUUCAAGGUGAAGCUGUAUUUCACGAAGACCGUGGAAGAAGCAGCGAACUCGGACGCCAGCAGCACGUCGGCCUCGGUGACGCCGGACGUCAGCGACAACGAGCCGGACCACUACCGCUACUCCGACACCACGGACUCCGACCCGGAGAACGAGCCGUUUGAAGACGAUCAUCACAGUCAGAUCACCAAAGUCUGACACGCACACACUCUCUCACACACACACAUAUAUAUAUAUAUAUAUAUAUAUAUAUAUAUAUAUAUAUAUAUAUAUAUAUAUGUGUGUAUAUAUAUAUAUAUGUGUGUAUAUAUAUAUAUAUAUAUGUGUGUAUAUAUAUAUAUAUAUGUGUUUACACACUCAUGAACCCCCAAACUAAGACUGGGUUACGUUAGCUAACGGGGGAAUAUAACCAACGGACCACAACUGAUCGGUGGGUCUCAAAGAGCUCAGGUUUAAGACCCCCCAACAAUCUUCUGCUGAAUGCACAGCUGGACAAUCACAUGACUCGGUCGGAGGUGAGUAGGCGGGGCCAGAUGGGUGGGCGGGGCCAAAGUCAAUGAGCCGGAUUGACUGGACGGACCGGAGAUUAAAAUAAAUAAAUCGAGGAGUAGAACUUGAAUAUGAACAAAAUGACAGCCGAGGAGACGUGAACCUGUGUGUCCUUCAACCUUCUUUCAUCUCCUGCAGUGGUCUCUUCUCUCUGUGCGUCCACAUCUUUUCUUUUUCCCUCGACAGACCAAAAGUUCGAGUAAUAAAACGCCUUUGAACUGACAUUUUCGCUGGUAAAACAGAACUCUGGUCUUCAGCAACCCUCCUGACGAUGAAAAGUUCUGAUCCGAUUUGGACCAGUCAGUCUGAGAUGGAGAGGACCAGUUUUAACUGGUCUGGUCCAGUUAGUGAUAGCCAAUCUGAGCCGGUUCAGACUGAUCUGGGAUUCAAACUGAAUGGGAAACCACCAGAUAACUUACUGGUCCAGUCCAUGACAGGACCAGUCUCUGUGCUGGUCUGGACCAGAGUUAGUCCAGUCUCAGUGCUGGUCUGGACCAGAGUUAUCCCAGUCUCAGUGCUGGUCUGGACCAGAGUUAUCCCAGUCUCAGUGCUGGUCUGGACCAGAGUUAUCCCAGUCUCAGUGCUGGUCUGGACCAGAGUUAUCCCAGUCUCAGUGCUGGUCUGGACCAGAGUUAUCCCAGUCUCUGUGCUGGUCUGGACCAGAGUUAGUCCAGUCUCUGUGCUGGUCUGGACCAGAAGAAAGCCCACAGAAAGAAGAGACCCGUUGAGGAGAGGCUUCAGAAUCUUCUCCAGUUCAAACCUUCUGAACAAAAUGCUUUUCCUACUUUUCUGUCCGUCUUCGGUUCUCUUCAGACCUCCGAUCAGCUCUUCAGGUGCAGAAGAUGUAUUUGGUUGAACUCUUAUAUCAAACCGUAAGCUAUGCCACCCAGAUGCUCACAGCGUAACCAUUCCUUUGGCCACAAAUCAAGCAGACUUCUACGGCUCCAGAGCGCUUGGUUUUCACACCCUGGGCAUGCCGGCCGGGCGGGGUUUGCACUUUAUUAAAGACAGUUGAAUAUCGGUGCGUGUUUCCAUCCAAGAAAGCCCGUUUAACUGGCGUUGUGCUGAUUUCUGUCAAGUUGAAAGUCCUUUUAUUAAGCUGCCCUUUUGAGGCUUGAGCUCAGAGUUUCUCAACCAUGGGUUUAGGACCCAACAGGGGUCUGUGGUAGAUAUCUGAGCCUAAAGAGAAGGAUGCUUCAUAGAUGUUUUUUUUAAAGUGCUUUUGAAGACGUAUUUCUAUGGAUGCCGGCCAGCCGAUGUUGAGAAACCCUGUUUGAAGUUUGUUUGAGCAGGUCACUGACCAAUCAGCUUCCAGCAGGAAGUGACCUCACGCGGUUCAGCCCGUUUGUCUAUGGUUUCUCACAUUUCGAAAAGGGUGAUCCUCUAUAACUACUAUAACUCUGUCCAUAGGCUAUUAAUCCUUUUACUCACUACUACUUCAUCGUUUAAGUUCAUACAACCUCACCAGGUGUUUGAGGGCCGCGUUAGCGUCACAGCAGCUUGAGACUACUCGGUCUGGGUUUUACACACAGGAAGUGAACAUACGGGAUGUUCUGAUUCACCGACGUGAUUGAUCGGAGCAUCUGCCUUCAGGUCCGCUGUGGGUAGGAGUGCUCAUCCUCAUGUCCUUUGGUGCUACUUCCUUUCACUGGCUCUGCGUUGGUGUUGUAGUUAUUGAUAAUUCAUCGUAGGCGUGGUAUCAAGACUGGACCCUGAAGGCCUCAUCAAGAGCCUGAUCACACAGGCGGCAUUGUCGUGACCCUCGAAGACUCUUAGACAGAAGGCAACUUCUCCCAGUCUCAAAGCCCAUCGUGACAUCAGAACCUGAACUCAAAGAGUCAUCGGCACACAGAAGGACAAUAAUGUCAAGCAUGUUCAGUUA